AUGCACAAUGUAAUUGAUGCAAGGUCUUUCCUAAUGCAAGAGUGUCACUGCUGGAGUAGUAAUGUGAACUUCUCAGCUGUGACCAGUAGUUGUAUCUCGAAGAAAAUAUUUAUUCUGUGACAAUUAUUUUCCAUCUCUAUCGCAUCAAUUUUCUAACUAUGGCACUAGGUUUGUUUGUUUUGGCUUAUCUAAUCCGAAGAUGAAAGAUGUUCUGCUCAAAAUAAACGAAAAAUAAGGAUCAGAGAUACUAACUAGCAAUGCAAUGGCCAUGCUGUCUAUUAUGCCUACCUUUUUGCAUGUCUAUGAUGUGAGAAUAUUUCCAAUGAAUAUCUGCUGCUGACUUUUAGUUGAUAGAAGGUGACCGGUUUACGCUGUCUACUGUUCCUUGUUCUUUCCAACUUUUAUAUCUGAUUUGUUACUUUCUGACCAACAUUGUUGGUUGGAGGACUGUUGCGUCUCUCUAAAAGAAGUUGAAGGUGAUGGGUUCACUAGGGCUGCUUGAAGUUCCUGUGUAACUGUGUGUUGGUUGCCGCACCUAUUGCAAAUUUGUGUAGUCGGUCGAGAAAUGUUGCUGGUUCUCGUCUCCCUUUCCCUUUACGAAAGGAUAUCUGCAAGUCGAUUGAUCUUGGAUUGUUGGUUUUGAAUUUAUCAUUUUUGUGCAGGGAGAUGAUCCAGCAUCGUCCGUACACACAAAAGGUGGAUGUGUACAGCUUCGGCAUUGUGCUCUGGGAGCUGAUAACUGGAAUGCUUCCAUUCCAGAACAUGACAGCAGUGCAAGCAGCAUUUGCUGUGGUGAACAAAGGAGUGAGGCCUGUCAUACCAAACGACUGUCUGCCUGUGCUGAGUGAGAUCAUGACCCACUGCUGGGAUACAAACCCUGAGGUUCGUCCUCCAUUUGCCGACAUUGUCAGGAUGCUUGAAGAUGCAGAAACCGAGAUCAUGACCACAGUCCGCAAGGCGCGCUUCAGAUGUUGCAUGACCCAGCCCAUGACAAUUGACUGAACCCAGCAGGGUAUAAGACAGAUGGUAAAAAAGGAAGAAAAUGAGGGCACAACUGAAAAGGUGGGAGAGAAUCCAAAAAUGAAAAAAACAGGAAAGGAAAGGAAAGGAAGCAUAAAGAAGUGAAGCAGUAUCGAACUAUUUGAUGAAUGUGUAUGUAUCAGGUUUUUUCUUUUCUUUUGGGUUUAUUUCAGAUAGGGUGGGGGAGGAAGUUAACAAGCAUUUUAGACUGGGUAGGGUGGGUGCUUGCUUUUGGUGGUUCUGCUGAGAGAAGAGUAAGCAUGUGAUUGAUGGUGAUCAGAUCAUGGUGCCAUUGGGGGGCUUUCCUAGUUUGUUAGUAAUUUGUGGAAAACUAUAUGAUGCUUCUUUCCCUCGCUUCUAAAUAUUUGUAAUUGCGCCUUUGAAAACUCAGAAGACUCUUUGUCCUUUCUCUUUUGUUUCCAUCUUAACUCGUGCUUGUCGAUUGUUCUAUGUUUCCUCUACAUUUCAUAAAGACAAGUUUUAAGC